GUUUGACACGCUGCGUCUAUUCCCUUGAUCGUCUCUGUCAUGAAGAAGAAACGAAAAUAAAUAAUUUUCAACCAAUAAUAAAAAAUAGGGCUUAUUUUGUUCUGUCUCUCUUUUUUUUUUCCCUCACAAACUAUGCUGUAUUUUUUUCUUUUUCUUUUUUUAUUUCUUUUGUAAAGCCAAAAAGACACAGUACACAAGAGUUUUAUUUAUUAUCUGAAUGGAUAGAACAACAGCAGAAAAUGAAGAAGAAUUGUUUUAUGAAGACAAUGAUGACUCUGAUGGCUCUCUUCAAAGUUGGAUAAGUUGGUUUUGUUCAUUGUCAGGCCAUGAAUUUUAUAUUGAAGUUCCCGAGGAAUUUAUCGAAGACGACUUCAAUUUGACUGGUCUAUCAGCUAUUGUUCCUUAUUAUCAAGAAGCCAUUGACAUGAUCUUGGACAUUGAAUCAGAAGAGACACAUGACGAUAAGGACACUGCAAAAGAUAAUAAAAAGAGCUGGGUGGACCCAAAUACGGUAGAACCUUAUGCUAUUAUGCUCUAUGGACUUAUCCAUCAGCGCUAUUUACUCACACGCAACGGACUAAGAGUCAUGGCACAGAGGUAUUCUAAUGAACAUUUUGGAACUUGUCCAAGAGUGUACUGCUACAGGUGUCCGGUCAUUCCUUGUGGUAGAUAUGAUGAAAUCGGUAAAGAGAGUGUCAGACUCUAUUGUCCUUCCUGUCUUGAUCUUUACUGCCCUCCUACUUCAAUACUCCAAACAAUUGAUGGUGCACACUUUGGAACUACAUUCCCUCACCUACUGUUUGAAACCUAUCCGGAUUUAUUACCCAAGAUCAAACCGUACAUUUACCAGCCUCGUAUAUUCGGAUUCAGAGUGCAUGAAAGUUCAAGAUCGGGACCACAGAUGCAGUGGCUAAGAAUGAGAUCACAAGAGUUUGUAGAGUUUGAUGAAGAAUCGGAUGAAGAUGAACUGGACAAGCCAAUGCCUCCAUUGGUGGAUGUGGAUCAGCAUGAUUUAAAGAAAGAGUCUUUACCGGAACAAAAGGAGUCAACUAGCUUUAAUAGUCUAUUUCGACGCUUCUUUUAAUACAUAAUAAUAAUAAUACAAAAAUAUAUAUGCGUUUUUUUUUAAUAUAGAUAAAGCUUCUAUUGCUUGUUUUAUAUGCAAAAAGAAUGAUAUCAUGAUGGGGUUAAUAAGCAAGCAACGAAUUUAUUGAAUAGACGUCAUAUUUUGGU